AUGUCGUCUGAGGAAUCCGCAUUGAACUCUCAAACAACGUCGUCUGAGGAAUCCACGACUUCCAACCCUUACAACCCUUUCCCAGCGCCAGGAACCUAUGUCAUCCAUGUUCCACAGGCCCAUAUCUAUCAGUGUCCAGAGAAUGGUCAAUGUUACACCAACUACACUCGUCAGAAAAGUCGCCAGAGCCAGUGUUGUUGUCUCAUCAGCGUCCUAUUCACUCUGGUUGUGCUCCUUGGCAUUUACGCCGGUGUUUUUUACCUGAUUUUCCGUCCAGAAUCACCUCAUUAUGCAAUUGAUCAUAUUGAUAUCAAGGGAAUGAACCUCACUUCAUCGUUGUCUACGAUUUCACCAGAGUUUAGCCUCACUAUUAAGAUUGAUAACGGUAACGACAAAAUCGGAAUGUACUAUGAAAACGAUAUCAACGUUGAAAUAUUUUACAAAGACGUCAUGCUAAGUAACUGUGUGAUGCAGGCGUUUUAUCAACCGUCAAAUAAUAUGACAGUUUUUCAAACGGUGUUGAAGGGUAAUAAUGUGGACCUUAGGAGAUCCGAUCGAAGGGGGUUGGUGAAUGCCGUGACAAAGCGGAGCGUGCCGUUAAGUUUGAAGCUGAGAGCACCGGUGAAAAUCAAACUAGGAUACAUUAAGACGUGGAAGAUUAGAAUUAAGGCUGACUGUGAUGUGACCGUAGAUCGGUUAACGGGGCAUGUUAAGAUUGUUCACAAGCAUUGUAAUAACGGAUGGGAUCUUUGGUUAUAA